UCGAAGGCGCCUCAGCCGGCAAGUUUGGCUACGGCGGGCGAGGCCUGAGGCGGCGGCCGCGACUCCUCCUCCUCCUCGCUCGUCCGUCCUUCCUUCCUUCUCCUCCCGGCCGGGCUCGCCGCAGGGGACGGGCAAGACAGGCAGGCAGGCAGGCAGGCAGCGACGCUCGCCGGGCGGCGGCUCCUUCUCGGCCCCGGCUGCGAACUCGAUCGGCAGUUUGUGAGAUUCGAGACGCAUUAACGGAGCAUCUCCUCAAGCCUGCAGAGGUGCUGAACCAUGGCUGAAUUGGACCACGGCCUCAGUCUCGCAGAUGCCCUGACAGAGCCACCCCCACAGAUUGAGGAAGAGGUGAAGCGGGAUUUCAUGGCCACCCUGGAAGCUGAGAAAUUUGACGAUGUGGUGGGAGAAAAAGUUGGCAAAACGGACUAUGUCCCUCUCCUAGACGAUGACGACAUGAAGGCUGGGACCCAAGAGGCAAAAACCAAGCCCCACGCAGAUCAGGUGGAACGUGCUUCAGCUACUGGACCUGCAGGUGUGGUGGAGAACGGCGAUCAUGGAAUAGAAGGCGGCCGGAAGGUGUCCCCAGGAAAAAUCAUGGAUGAUCAACUAUCCUACCAGGAAUUCCUAGACCGCAACGACUCAUGGCAGAUGGGUGAAAGGGAUCGAUGCUUUGAUUCUCAGCUGGCAUUCAAACCUCCAGAUAUGACAGAACCGUUUAAGAUGCACCGUGAAGACGUCCUGUCCAACCUGCUGCUGCUUCCUCAGGAAAUGACGGGCAUGCCGACUUUCGGGGACUAUUUUGGAGCACCCAGUGAAGUCCAUGUGCCUUUUGGAGCUGCAGGGAUGCCCGAGCAGCCCCCUCUGGGGCCCCCACAUUCUCCUGCCAAUGUUUUUGACCCACUGGCCUUCCUUGGCGAGGAUCUGGGCGCAGAGUCUCUGCUGGACCAGAACGAAGCAGUACCUGCACAUGAAAUGGGACUUCCAGAAGAUUUCUUUUCGGGAACUCGGCCCUUAGUUGAGGCGCAGGGAGCCCCCUUCUUUGAGCCUCCAGCGCCCGGCAAGUUGCCCGAGGAGACAGAGCUGUUCUUACCAGGAAGUGUCGUCAUGGGUUUUCCGGACCUCCCAGGAGAACCUAAAGCGCCAGAGGCACACCUGUUUGCUCCGGCAGGCAGUGCAGUUCCUGACCCUGCAGAGGAAGAGCUGGAGGGCUUCGAACCUUGGUUUGGCCAGAGGUCAUUCCCUCCGACAGAAGCCGCGGCAGCAUCUCUGGAAGCCCCCAUGGCAAAGAAUCAAAAAGCCAAGGCUGUGGAGUCAGCAGAUCCAGCUGCAUUCAGGGCCAUGCUGGAGAAAGAGGAAGAAAAGAAGAACCCCUUCGGCCAGCACAAGGAGCAGGAAAGCAGCAGCCAGCUUCUCGGCCUGCAGUCCGAUGAGGCAGCGAGCAAGUCCAGUGAGAAGGUGAGCGAGAGUCCGGCAGACAAGCCUCCUCCGGACCAGGAAGCAGAAGAGAAGAAGCCCCCUCCCGCCAUUUGUCCGGAGGCCGGAGGGAGGGAGUUGCACGCCCUGAAAGUGGAGGAAGACAAGACUGCUCCCAGCCAGGAGGCCGAGAGGGUAGAAGAAACCCAGGUCUCUCUUGGCCAGCCUGCCGAGGAGGCAGCCGCUAAGCCACUCGGCCAGCGAGUGGACGACAGCAAACCUUCUGGUGCCCCGCAUGCCGAGAAGGCCGAAGGGGGCCAGCCCUCAGGAACGCAAAGGGAGGAUCAGCCCCCUUCCUCUCCCAGCCAACCCCUGGAGCACCUUCCCGGGCUGGACGAGAAGAACAAGGAAUCUCCUAGCAAACCUGCCGAGAAGCAAGACGAACAGAAACAGCCGCCAACCAAACCUGUGGAGCGUUUUCCAGAACUUGAAGAGUCCAAGAAGCUUGUGCCUCUAGGAGAGCCCAAAGCAGAACCGCAGGACCCCUUUCCAGGAACAGCAGCUCCUGAGUUUGCUGGAGCAGAGAAGCCAAAGGAAGUACCUGAGCCGAGCUGUGACCAGCCUGUGGAGCAGCCCCAGGAAAAGGCCUCUCUGGAUCCUGAAGGUGUGUCUACCGCCCAAGUCAGACAAGCUAACAAACCCAGUGACCAUCGCAGGUUUGCCAAAUCAAAGCCUUCCCAAGUCCCUCUUGCAGAUUCCCCGGGGGAGCUUCUUGCCCGCCUUCCGGCACAGAAGAGCCAUGACCAAGGAGAAGACCUCUUUGCCUCACCCGAGUGUGGCUGUGUCACUGGGACAUCCCCACGGGGCAAAUCUGCUGCCCAGAAAGUCAUGGGCCAGCUCUUUGAGCCUGGAGAGGGCCAGAGAGAUGUCUUGCAAGAGAGCUGGGACCUGGAAGCAUCUGCAGUGCUUAAGAAGAAGAAGAAGAAGCCAAAGCAGAAGAGAAGCCAGCAGCCCCGGCCCGUGGAGACCUGGGAGGAAUCCUUGGAACGGCUGAGAGCUCCCGUUUCUGCUGAUGAGCCCCGGAAACCUCAUGCCCCACUGGCUGUGCCCCUCGAGAGCUCCCAAGUGGUUACAGGCGCCUCCACAGGGGUUCUCUGGAAAGAUACUUCCAAGCCUGAAAUGGAGCAGCGACUCUUGGAUGCUCAGAAUGUUUCCUCAGCUCCAGCAAAGGGAGAGCAGAGUCCAAUUUGGCGGGGAAGUAGAGUGAUGAGUGAUGACAGAGCUAGGUUGCUGUCGAAAAGCAGGAAGAAAGGGUCAUCCAAGGAGCAGGUGAAAGGCCCUACUGAACUGAAUAAGCCAGGGAGCCCCACGGUCUCCCCAACGCAAGCCAGCCCUGCUGCAAUAAGCAUCUCUGGGAAAUUCACAGCCUGGGAGGGUCAGCCUCCCAAGAAUUUGGACCUAGGCAUGCCCGCUUUAGAAGCCAAGCCCACUGUAAGCUGCUCGACGGCUGUGAGUGGGGAAGACGCAAAACCAGCUGAUGUGUCGGGAAAGGAGCCAGUUGCUGGCAUGGUGGUCUUGGAAGGGAAACCCAAGCAUCAAGGUGGCCGUGGAAAAGGAAGAAAGGCUGGUGAGGAGGCUGCCGGUUCUCCAUUGGAAGGGAAGAUGGUAGGCGUGCCCGCUUUAGAAGCCAAGCCCACUGUAAGCUGCUCGGCAGCUGUGAGUGGGGAAGAUGCAAAAUCAGUAGAGUUUGGCAGAGCGGAAGGUGGCCGUGGAAAAGGAAGAAAGGCUGGUGAGGAGGCUGCCGGUUCUCCAUCGGAAGAGAAGAUGCUAGGCGUGCCCGCUUUAGAAACCAAGACCACUGUAAGCUGCUCGACAGCUGUGAGUGGGGAAGAUGCAAAACCAGUAGAGUUUGGCAGAGCGGAAGGUGGCCGUGGAAGAGGCGGAAGGACUGGUGAGGAGGCUGCCGGUUCUCCAUUGGAGGGGAAGAUGCUAGGCAUGCCUGCUUUAGGAGCCAAGCCCACUGUAAGCUGCUCGGCAGCUGUGAGUGAGGAAGAUGCAAAACCAACUGAUGUGUGGGGAAAGGAAGCGAUUGCUGGCAUGGUGGUCUUGGAAGGGAAACCCAAGCAUCAAGGUGGCCGUGGAAAAGGAAGAAAGGCUGGUGAGGAAGCUGCUAGUUCUCCAUUGGAAGGGAAGAUGCUAGGCGUGCCCGCUUUAGAAGCCAAGCCCACUGUAAGCUGCUCGGCAGCUGUGAGUGGGGAAGAUGCAAAACCAGUAGAGUUUGGCAGAACGGAAGGUGGCCGUGGAAGAGGCGGAAAGUCUGGUGAGGAAGCUGCUAGUUCUCCAUUGGAAGGGAAGAUGCUAGGCAUGCCUGCUUUAGAAGCCAAGCCCACUGUAAGCUGCUCGUCAGCUGUGAGUGGGGAAGAUGCAAAACCAGUAGAGUUUGGCAGAGCGGAAGUUGGCUGUGGAAGAGGCGGAAGGGCUGGUGAGGAAGCUGCCGGUUCUCCGUUGGAAGGGAAGAUGCUGGAAGCAUCCAAAGAAAGGGCCUUCCCUGGUAAGAGCAGCCUAGUUAUAACUGAGCUGGCCCCACUGGCCACAGCAGGGGCUUUGUCAGGUGACGGAAACGUGAGCAGCCCAUGGAAAAGUGGGAAGGCUGCUUUUGGAUCAGGAGAAGAUGCCUUUUCCAAGGAAGCUCAUCCAGAUGCAGCAAAGCCCCUGGUCCCUGGGCAGGGUCCUGUUGGGGAUGGAACAAUACCUUUGGCUGAUACGAACGAGGCCGUCUGCUCCAGUCCAUCGGAAAAGCCGGCUGUGGCUGUUCUCAAGGUAGAAGCCAGUCAGCCUAACAAGAGGAGCAGCAGUGGGAAAGGCAGGAGACCGGAAGACUCCUUGGAUCAGCAGCCGCUGCUGUCAGAGGUGGCAUCGGAUUCGAGACAGGGCCUGGCUGCGGAGGGAGGGGGCAGCGCUCCCCAAAAGGACCCUGGUGCCCCAAGCAAAGAGGUGAGCCCCUCCAGCCUCACAGAAAGCAAAGCGGCUCACGGCCCGGCCAGGACCGGAGAGAGACCAAAGAAAAGGAGCAGCGACCGGAAGAGCCGAAAGGCUGCCGAGAGAAGUUCCUUUGCACCGUCGUUUUUCCUGGAGGGGGAGAAGAUCGCAGGGGGCCUUCCUGCAGGUCAAGCGAAAGAGAGAGCCGUGUCCAGUGGAGAGGCUGCCUCGGAAGCCGCAAACCAGUUGCUGGAAGUUGCUGCCGACCCAGCAAAAUCGGACGCUUGUUCUGCACUGCCCCAAGUAGGACAGCCGGAUGUGUCUCCAACCUCGAGGGGCGAGUGGACUGACUUCCCUUCCUCAGCGUACCCCUUUAUCAUGGAGACACCAGCCAAAACGCCCGAGGCAGGUGCCCAGACGGAGGGGAUCGCCGCCGUUCCUCAUCAAGGCAAGGGGUUUGGUUCCUGCAGUUUGGAGGAUUCCAUCAUGGUGGAGCCCAGUCCCAUAGCAUCGACAAGCAAUCUGAAAAAGAGGACGAGUGAUGGCAGAAGCAAAAAAUCUGGCAAGCCUGCAGCAGAACCUCCAGAGCCCAGUGCUGGUAUGAACAGACUCCCCAAGACUGGCACAGCCACAGACGUGGAUGCCGUUGACCAGGGGAACUCCACCCCACUGGAGCAGCCAGGCGGAAGCCGAGGGCCGUUUCCUGCUCUGAAGAUGGUGGAAGGACCCGAAGGAAAGAAGGACGAGGACUCCAUCGCAGCCGCCGGCGGAAACAGUUGCUCCGAACAGCUGCCUGCUUCGGCCCAUAAAACAAGCCCCGUGAAACCGGAGCCUCUUGCCAAAAUCAAAGAUGCCUCUUCCACUCGCAGAGGGCAGGAGGUCAGACUGGCCGCCUUAGAACAGCUUGCAGAGGCUGUGAGCUGCUUACGAGUGGCCAGCUCCCCUCGAAGAGGAAACCAAAGGGCCAGCGAGGAGAACGCAGGAGAACCAAAGUCCCAACUCCAUGUGGACUUUGGGAGGCAAGAAGCCAUGAUGAAGAGUGAUCCAGGACCAGCGGCUGCCUGCAAAGAAACGGGCCAACCGGAGAAGGGUCCGUCCCCCACUAAAGGCAAGGGAAGAGCUGCAGGCAACCUUGUGAGGGAUGCAGAGGCCACGGGCCACGUUUCCAAUGAGCCACUGGUAGAUGAAACCAUCAAAGGGGUGCCUGAAGGGAUGACCGGGAAGAGCAGCUCCGGUGUGAACCCCUUCUUUCCCUCGGGAUUUGAGGCAGAGCAGGCUCUGGGGGCUGAGAUCCAUGAGAAACCCAGAGGGCAUCCUUCCGAUAGACGCAGGAAAGAGGGACGGGACGGCAGCUCGGAGCUUGCCAGCAGGCAGGAUCUCAGUGCAAAACCUGCAAAGAGGGGCAGCGAUGGAAAGAGUAAAAAGGCCGUGGGCUCCCCUGAGCAGCCAGUCCUUGCAGCCACCAAGCCAGACCCGAGCCGGGGGCAGCGCCCCCCGGGGGCCGAGCUGAACUACGCCCUGGAAGAAACGGAGUUUGUCGACGAGAACCGAAACAUUAAGAGCUUUCCCCCAGGGCAUCCAGUGCUUUGGGACGGGAACACCAUGAGUUUAUUUGGCCCCUUUGGCCCACCUGGCCCGGCUGCUGUCGAGGAGGCCGGCUCCAAGAGCCAGUGCCCCUUUCUAAAAUACCAAGGCAAAGCUGCCGCGGACCUCAGGAAGGAGCAGCUCUCCCCUCCGGAACCGCUGAGAGGUCCAAGCGGAGGGAGGUGGGCGGAUAUGCCUGAUCUGCCAGAAGAUUCAGCCGCAGGUGAAGUCAGAGAGGCCCUGAUAGAGGCCUCCCUUUUGGUGACAGCAGGUGACAAGACGAGAGAGAGGAGGAAGAAAACCAGGCAGGCUGCCUUGGACCGGGUUGCCAAAGACAAUGCCAAAGCAGAAGAAGAUCGUGCGCUGUCCUCUGUUUUCACCGAGGCAGGAGCUGGAGGAGUAGACCUUUCGGACAAAGUACCAAGCUUUGGACUCUCUUCUUCAGAAUUAGCAGUAAUGGAGGAGAAGACAGCAGCUCUGACCACAGGUGCUGGAGCAGAAGGAAGAGAGGUCAUCGUCCCUUCUGCAGAACUUCCAGCUCCUUGGGAGGGUAACAAAGAAGUCAUAGCACUCCAGGCCCUAACAACAGCACUGGUUGGUGGCCCUGGAGAACCAACGGGGUCGAGCGAAGGCACCGAAGUGGAUAAGCAGAGGGCAUCUGAAUGCCCAGGGAGUUUAGGAAGUGAGGCAGGAGUAGAUAAGGCCUCUAAGGAUGUCCCCACAACGGAAGCUGCUUCUGCUAAUAAACCUCAGGGAAGUUCUGAGCCUCUGGAACAAGGCGCUGCGAACGAGCCGGUGGUCUUCCAGCCGGCGCUGCCCGCUGGUCAGGAGGAACCGACAAGGAAGGCUGCCGAACAGAUGAACGCGCAGGCUCCUGUCUCUGAAGCUGGCCCCAGUGUCGCGGGAGGUUUGCGGUCGGUUGCUGAACGUCCCGACCGAGCAGCGCGGGAGACCAAGAGAGAAGAAAGAGCCAGACCUGUCGAGCAGAUCAAAGGCUACAUGAGGCCCACCAAGUCGAGAGGCCUCCCUCCUCCCCCGUUGCGAGCAGCUGCACCAGAGCCAGGAAAGAGGCGGCCCGCAAAGGCUGACGGCCCAGGCCCGCACAGGCAAGAGAGAGCAAAACCAGAAGAGUUGAAGGCAGCAUCUGAGGUUACGACGGCAAACAACAUCGCGACCCCUCCCAGCAAGGAGCUCCCUCCAAGCCCUGAGAAGAAAACCAAGCCAUCAGCCUCUGCUCCGGCCAAGCCUGCUGCAGCGAAAACCAAGCCUGUGUCGGCUGCCGCUGCCCCAGCUAAGCGGCCGGCUUCCACCACACCUGGCCAAAACAAAAAAGCCACCAGCCCAACUGCAGGUCCGGCUGCAGCCAGCGCCCCUAAACGCCCUGCGACCAGCGCCGCGCGACCCUCCACCUUAACUCCUAAAGACUCUAAACCAAAGGGGACAGACGCGAAGAGCGCGGAGAGGCGAACCUCCCCUUCGAAGGCGCCGUCUGCUGCAACCCUUCGGUCUAGUGUGAAAAGCAGCCCUGCCGCGUCCAGACCAUCAACGGCACUGACGAGCACCAACGCAGCAGCGAGCCCCAGGAAUUCAGCCACUUCCCCGCCCAAGAGGCCCUCGACUGCCAAGACGGACACGAAGGCCACCGAUACCAAGAAGACCAUGGCCAAGUCACCAUCAGCUGACUUGAGCCGCCCAAAGAGCGCCCCCGCCAAGCCCAGCGCCACCACGCCCACGGCCGCUUCCCCUGGCCUGCCCGGAGCCGCCACUAACCGGCCCAAGCCGACCACGCCCAGACUCCCCGGGACCGCCGGAACGACCGCCAACGACUCCAAGAAGGCAUCCACGCUAAAAGCGGCUCCCAAGGCUGCUCCCGCUUCCAAGCCCCCUCGGCCCCCGACCAGCGUGUCCGCUCCUGACCUGAAGAACAUCCGCUCCAAGAUCGGGUCCACAGAUAACAUCAAGCAUCAGCCUGGCGGAGGAAAGGCAAAAGUAGAGAGAAAGGCUGAGUCAGCCGGGGCUGCCCGAAAGCCCGAAUUCAAUGCAGUCUCUAAAACAGCUGUUACAAAAGAGGGCUCCCCAAAGCAGCCCAAUGGGAAAGUCCAGAUAGUCUCCAAAAAAGCCAGCUACAGCCACGUUCAGUCCAAGUGCGGGUCCAAGGACAAUAUUAAGCAUGUGCCUGGAGGCGGGAACGUUCCAAAUGCCCAGAGGCCAGCUUCGGGCCUCCAUUCCCAGUCGUCCACCGGCCCCAAACCCAGCAAGGGCAGUAGCCAUGUGCAGAUCCUGAACAAGAAGAUCGACCUUUCCAAAGUGUCCUCCAAGUGCGGCUCAAAGACAAAUAUCAAGCACAAGCCAGGGGGCGGAGAUGUCAAGAUUGAAAACCAGAAGUUGAACUUCAAGGAAAAGGCCCAAGCGAAAGUGGGCUCUCUGGACAACGUGGGCCACGUGCCAGCCGGGGGUGCUGUGAAGACUGAGGGGGGCCAGGAGGCAGCCCCACAGAACGGAGCUGUGCCCGCGCCCCUGCCGGGCAGCAGUGCCACACAGGAGAAUGGCGUGGGGCAGGCCGCGCCCGCUCAGGGUGGUGGUGACCAAAUGGAAAUUCUGAGCUUCGACACUCACAUACAAGAAACAAGCAUCUAACGCUGCCCUUCUGGUGUCGCCUUCCUCCCCUCUCUCCCGCCCCCCCUCCUUGUGUCGCUGCAGAUUGAGUCCCACAAGCUGCUGUUCCGUGAGAAGGCCAAAGCCCGCACGGACCACGGAGCGGACAUCGUAGCCACCAACCCCCCCGUCUUUUCUGGCGGCCCCCUCCCUUGGCGUAGCACCUCCGUCAGCGAGAGCCUGGGCUCCGUUGCCUCCGCCGCCUCCUUGCCGCCGCCGCCACCACCGCCGCAGCAGCCGGCCUCCCUCUCAGAAGGGACGCCCACCACUCUGUCUCAGCAAGGCUUGUGACUCGGCCCCCUGUCCCCCUCCCCUUGCCUCUUGACCUCCCCCCCCCACACACAAAGCUUGUCUCUCUUAACCCGGAGCCUGGCUCGUUAGCCAGACGGUGUGGGCGGGGCUCCCGAUACGACGAUGCCGGACUCACUCUUUGCAGCUGACCGGCCUGGCGUUGCCGCCACCGGCUCUCCCGUGGGCGCCGAAAAGAGCUGACCAAGCGUUUCCCUGGCCUGCCUCUCCCCCACUCCCCGUUUGGCGGCAGAGACAGACGUGUGCAAUUCUGAAUGUAUCCCGCGAAAGAGCAGAUUUCCUCUGGACUGGCUGGGUGGGGGCGGCUUCCCCUGAGCAGAGCCCGAGGCCAGGCGGGAGUUAAGGGGGGUAAGCUUUGCUGUCUUCCUUUCUCACACAACUCUUUCUCGUGCACACACGUGUGCCUGCGCACACACGUAAACACACCCUUUGCGGUCCGCGCCGCAUCGCUUUCCGCUGCUUCUUACUAAACGCUGGUCUCUGCUGUUCUCACACAUAACUUCGCUCUCUGUCGGAACUCUCUGAUUCUCUUCCCCCUUUUCCUCCUUCUCUUUUUGUCGCGAUACAAAAAAAAGAAGACGACGACGACGCAGCAGCCGCGUGGCCCCUCCCCCUUUCCCUUGCCAUAGGAGAAUUAUAGCACCGUUAACGGCUGCCCCCAGCACCGCGGGCUUCCGAUCGACAUAUCCAGGCAUUUUAACUGUGUUCUUUUUAUUUUCUUUUUGUGUGGUGUUUAUUCUUUGUGUGUGUUUAAAAAUACGUUUGAAAUAACGGAGCAAAAUUUACAUUAAGCCAUGUUUAACUGAGAAAACGAUCAAGGAUGCAUCGAGGGGAUGGCGGGGCGGGGGGCGGGGGGGGUUUCCUUUUGGUGCAACGGUGGUGCGAGAGGGUCGUGUCAGGGAAGACCUGUGGAAGACUUUGCGUGGGAGAUCUGGCUUCCCCCACCCCCCAAAGGCUCUAAGCGUUGCUUCUGCAGAGGUAUUUCUUCGUUCCACGUCACUGUGGAUUGAGCUCCGAAACGUGCAUGUGAAGGGAGGGAGGGGGCGAGGCCUGGCGUUGUUUACGGGGUAAUGAAGGGGCAGGAGAGGGUUUCCUUCCCAGAAGGUCACUGAAUGUGAACGAGGGUCUGUAGAGGUGGAGUCCGUGUGUAGCAGAGCAGGAGUGAGGGUGACGUACCAAGGAGGACACGAGAACCCCUCCCCCAAACCUGUUGUCUUUGGAGGGAGGGGAAGGGGAUUGCGUAGGACCGGGUGCUCCUUUCACAAUGCAAAUGACACUAAAAGAAAUGAAAUGUAAAUAAAACUUUAAAAGCCGUGUGUUUUGUGAAGAGUCCUGGGAGAUUUUAAUUUAAAUCUGAAAACCAAACUGCAAGGAGAAAAUUGGGGGAGGGGGGGGUCUCGCAGGCAGACGUCCUGCAGGGGGGCAAUCGGGGGUGGGGAGGGUGGUUGAAGACCAGUUUUCUUCCCCUUGGUCGAGACGUUUUUCAGUGUCAGUCACCCGAGCUCUGCAUUCACACACAGACGCGUUGCACUUGUUGGGGGGUUUUAUAUUGAAGUUUGCAUGAUUUCUAAUAAAAAAUGGCUUUUAAAACUG